UGACGUCACACACCAUUUCAGUGUUGACAAAAGUGAGAGGAAGAUUUUUUAUCAUUUUUAAAUCGCCAAUCUAUUAAAUAUACACAACUUUGCACUUUUUCGUAGCCGGUUCAGUUUUAGGAGUGCUCCCUUCUUUGAAACCGUUCGCCGCACCUUUAGCACUCAGCAGCCAUCAAAAAUGAAUGAAAAAUUCCAUCUUGCUCAAGGCUCUUCCCACACUCCUGUGGAGAAAGGAGGAAUGCGAAUUUACAACAUGCGCUUCUGUCCUUACGGCCAGCGAAGUCUCCUUGUCGGCACUGCCAAGGGCAUAGAUUUUGAAGUUGUUAACGUCAAUCUGGUGGACAAGCCUGAUUGGUUCUUGGCCCUGAACCCUUUGGGCCAGGUUCCGACACUUGAGUACAGCGAUGGACGAAUCCUUGCCGAGUCUCUGAUUGUGUCCGAGUACUUGGACGAAAUCGGAGACAGUACCCGUCCGUUGCAGUCAAAGGACCCAUUCCAGAGAUCCAGGGACAAAAUGCUGAUGGAGCGUUUCAACAUGGUCAUCAACCCUCUAUUCAAAGUGAUGUUGAACCUCCACAAGCCAGAUUUGGAUUUGAGUCCUUUUGAUAAAAUGCUUGACAAUCUUGAAACUUUCGAGAAGGAGCUUGUCAGUCGUGGAACUAAGUUUUUCGGAGGAGACAAGCCAGGCCUGCUUGACUACAUGAUUUGGCCUUGGUUUGAGAGGUUUGAGAUCCUCUUUGCUAUGGGCAAUGAGAGCAAGUUGAAGAUUCCCCAGUCCCGUUUCCCCAGACUGUUCAAAUGGACCAAUGAGAUGUUGGAAGACGAGGCAGUCAAGACUUGGUGGCUGCCCCUUGAUGCACACGUGCAAUACUUGAAAGCCCGCCUGUUUGGACCUGUUGACUACGAUUUCCUUGCAAGGCAGCCACAAUCCAAUAUUUAGUUUGUGGAGAGAAGGAUGAAGGAGGCAAAUAAUUUUUGUAUAUUAAAAUCAAUCAAAAUGUGAUCAAUAUGGAACCAUGAUUGAAAAUCUGAGGCCUAUAUUAACAAUUACAACAGAUUUACAAAAUAUUCCAAAUUUAUAAUCUAUUUUUGUAUAAUAAAAAAAAUGAUAUGCAAAUAAAUAUUUUUUGCAGA